UUCUCGCGCAAAGCAUCAUGGGUAGGAUAUUACCAAACAGAAGAGGAAGAAGGGGUAAAUAACGGACCCAGCCCUUAAAAUACAACCUUUUCUAUUCUUUGGACAGAAGGCUACAAUGACAUCAGGCAACAUGAGCAGCGAUGAAGAGAGGAGUAUGAGAGAGUGCGAGCAGUACGUGCAGAAACACAACAUCCAGCAGCUGCUGAAGGACUGCAUCGUCCAGCUGUGCACCUCGCGGCCAGACCGGCCAAUGGCUUUCCUCAAAGAGUACUUUGACAGACUGGAAAAGGAGGAGAGCAUGCAGAUGCUGCUGCAGCAGAAGGCCUCGGGCUCCCGCUCGGACUCCCGCGAGGAGGAGGUCUCUCCCCCCAUGAACCCCGUGGUGCGGGGGCGCCGCCGCCGCGGGGCCAUCAGCGCCGAGGUGUACAACGAGGAGGACGCCGCCUCCUACGUCAGAAAGGUCAUCCCAAAAGAUUACAAAACAAUGGCUGCCUUGGCCAAGGCCAUAGAGAAGAAUGUGCUGUUUGCCCACCUGGACGACAACGAGCGAAGUGACAUAUUCGAUGCCAUGUUUUCGGUCAACUACAUCGCUGGUGAGACGGUCAUUCAACAAGGCGACGAAGGGGACAACUUCUACGUCAUCGACAUUGGAGAGAUGGAUGUGUACGUCAACAGCGAGUGGGUGACGAGCAUCGGGGAGGGGGGCAGCUUCGGGGAGCUGGCCCUGAUCUACGGGACCCCCCGCGCCGCCACCGUGGGGGCGCGCUCCGACGUCAAGCUCUGGGGCAUCGACCGGGACAGCUACAGGAGAAUACUCAUGGGGAGCACUUUGAGAAAGCGCAAGAUGUAUGAAGAGUUCCUGAGCAAAGUGUCCAUUCUAGAGUCCCUGGAGAAGUGGGAGCGUCUCACCGUGGCCGACUCCCUGGAGACGGUGCAGUUUGAGGACGGCCAGAAGAUCGUGGUGCAGGGGGAGCCAGGAGACGAGUUCUUCAUCAUCCUGGAGGGCUCGGCCGCCGUGCUCCAGAGGCGGUCUGAGAGCGAGGAGUUCGUGGAGGUGGGACGGCUCGGGCCCUCCGACUACUUUGAACGGGCCGUUGAUUGACCACCUCUCCCUUCGGCCCCGCCCCACGCCGCGUGCUACGCGUGUUUCUUUCUCCUUCCUGUUCAGAAGAGGAUCAUUACAGUACUCGUCAGGCGCGGCUAGUGUGUUUUAGUGUGAAACAUUCCAGCAGUGUCUUAUAACAAAGAAUCAUUCACGGUCCAGUGACUCCAGUUACUAAAAACCAUCCACUUUUAGUUUGUUCACGUCGGAUCACAAGUCCUAUCGUAUAAAUCGACGUGAUGUUUCUCAUCCCUCAUACCAGGAAUGUUUGAUCGCUAGGCGCCGGGACGACUCUGUGGUUACUUCAUAUUGAGAUUCCAGUUGGUCACAGAGAGAGUGGCAGUAUUUUAGUUAAGUUAAACAUUUUGUAAUACUCAACAAUGGGAUUUUUGUGUAACUUGGUCUUCUCAGUUUGUUUGGUCUCUGACAGCUUCGGUGAGGGAUUUAAUAUCUUGGUGUGCAAAGGAAUCUUGGGUGUUUUAAAGACUGAUUUUCAGAUUACUGCAAUUGCUGUUAAUUUUUAAAUGUAAGCCUUCAGUGUUUUUGCUAUUAAAAAUUCCUGUUAUGGCAUCAAAUGAAAGUGUUGUGUAUUUAUAUUAACCUUUGACAUGGAUCACUAAUUAUUCAAAUUGACUAAUGUGGUAUGGAACUAUUUUGGCAUUGCAGACAAAGAUAAAACAGUUAAAAUAAUCAUCUUCUAAUUUGCUAGGUCAUCUAAGUUUAAAUCCACUAUGGUUGGUUAUAGAUUAAUUUGAUGGGAGCUGGUCCUUUGUGGUCCUAUUUGUCUGAACAAACAGGCCUACUAAAGGCCUAGCCCUAGUACACCACUAUGAAUACAUUUCAUAUCAAGAUAACGGUAUCUUUAAUCCGGAAAUUAGGAAUACGUGAGGUUUAUUGUGUGAAGUGUAGAUGUGCUUUUUAUUUUAUAAAGAUAAUGAAUAAUGACAACUAAAACAUCUUUCAAAUUUCCCUUCUCAAAAUUAUAAUCAAAAAACAUUAAAUUGAUAUUAGGUGUGCUUAAUGCUGGCAUAUUGUUUAACGUAUGCCGUAUUAUCUAACAUUAAAACUAUGACUUAUGCAAACAUUUUACAUGUAGGCUACAUGAAAUCCAUGGCUGAUCAGAUCCAUAUUCUAAUCUGUCAGACGAAGUGCCCAAACUGCCCAUCAGUCGGCCCAUUGCUUGUGUGAGUGCUGAUAAAACCAGAACAGCACUGCAGACAAAUCAAUAAGUAACUAGCUAUGACUUUAUUACAUUAUUUACUACUA